AUGGGCGGCGACCAUGUCUGCUGCUGCAGCCGAGAUCUCUGCAAUGCCAACUUCACAGAGGCCCUGCCCACGGCCGACACCCCCGCCCUGAGACUGAUAAAGCCUGAUGGGCGGAAUGAUGGACAGACAGACCACCAGCCACUCAGGCGGGAGGAGACGGCCCUCAUUGCUCUGGUAACCGUUGCCAUAGCAGCCAUCCUCAUCAUGGCACUGUUUGUGGGAUACCGCCUGAUGAAAGGAAAGAAGAAACUCAGGCUGUCUGCUCUGAAUGUGAUGGAGGCAGCCUGCACAGAGUCUCCUGUAGACCUGGAGAACCUGAAGCUGCUAGAGCUGAUUGGUCGAGGUCGUUAUGGUGCAGUGUUUCGUGGCUGUCUUAAUGAACGCUGUGUGGCCGUCAAAAUCUUCAGCUCGGCCAACCAUCAGAACUACACCAAUGAGUGCUCCAUCUAUAGCCUACCGCUGCUGCAGCAACACGACAACAUCGCCUGCUUCCUGAUGGCUGACGAGAGGACAACAGCCAAUGGACGACCGGAGUUCCUGAUCCUCAUGGAGUAUUACUCUCAUGGCUGUCUGUCCCAGUACCUGUCGGCCCACACGGUGGACUGGUUGACCUGCUGCAGGAUGACUCAUAGUGUGACCAGAGGACUUGCCUUCCUGCAUACCGAACUCUACAGAGGAGACCAGUAUAAACCAGCAGUGGCCCACAGAGAUGUGACCAGUAGGAACGUCCUGGUCCGAGCCGAUCUGUCCUGCGUCCUCGCUGACUUUGGUCUGUCCAUGAAGCUGACAGGAAACCGGCCUUGUCGCCCGGGAGACGACGUCACCAUGGCCAUAUCUGAGGUGGGGACGGUGCGAUACAUGGCUCCGGAGGUUCUGGGUGGAGUUCUGAACCUCCGGGACUGUGAGUCAGCAUUGAAGCAGGUGGAUGUUUACGCUCUGGGUCUGCUCUACUGGGAGAGCUUCAGGAGGUGCUCCGACCUGUUCCCAGGUGAAGCAGUACCUGACUACCAGCUGGCAUUCCAGGCCGAGCUCGGGAACCAUCCAAGCUUCGAGGACAUGCAGAUCCUCAUCACCAGAGAGAAGUACCGACCCAGAUUCCCCGAAGCCUGGAAGGAAGACAGCUUGAUGUUGCGUUCACUGAAGGAGACAAUGGAGGACUGUUGGGACCAGGAUGCCGAAGCUCGACUCACUGCUCAGUGUGCAGAGGAGAGACUGUCAGAACUCGCGCUGCUGAGUACACACACCGCAAUACACAACCAUAGGAAUCUGUCUCAUGGCCACUGGCCUCCUCAGAUGGUGCCCACCUCCAACUACAUUGAGGAUUUGCAGGCGGACAUGGUCAAAAAUCUCCAGGGAGGCAGACACACAGCAUCUGUUGACAAGACAACCACAGGUGAAGCUGAAUCUGCUAAAAAGAACAGGAACUCCAUCAACUGUGAACGGCAGCAGGCCCAGAGUCGGGCUCGGUUGUCCAGUUUAGACAGUAGUGUGUCUACCACCGCCGCCAUGACACCCGCCACCAUCCUAUGCACCAUCUCUGAGCCUGAACACACAGGUUUUAUAUACACACACACACACACUCAAACCUAAAUGUUAUUAAUGAUGUUUCCGAACACCACAACCAAUGUUAUGAAGACAUAUUUACGCCUGCUUUCAACCAAAUGCAGAAACUUUUGCAGCAAAUUUCAUCACAACCCAUCCAACAGCUGAUGAAUUAUUUUACUAAAGAAAUACAAAUGUGAACCUCAAGCUACAUUCAGAAUCAGAAUCAGUGCC